AUGCCCCAAGCGAUGAAUGAGGCGGGACUUUUGAACUCCAUGCCGUUGGAGGAUCUCAAGGUGACCUGCGAGCGCUUGGAGCGCAGCUGUCAGGACAUGCGAUCUUUGUUGAGUGAGUUUGAAGAGGAGCAGGCGAUGCUACGCCAAGAGCAGGACCGCCUCCACAAGCGCGUGGAGAGAGCACAGAGGAAGGUCAAGGGCAGACAGGAAUGGUUUAUCGACAAUCUGCUGAGUGACAUGGAGCACUUGGAGGUGUCGAACUUGCUGUCAAGCAUCUUCCGUGCUAAAGAAGAACGAAAGGUGGCAAAGAGGCGGCGAUGGACUGCUGCCGAAAGUCUAGGCGGCAAGCCGACCAUGCCAGAAAAUCUUCAGGACGAUGACCUUUCUGGUCCCUUUAGCGAUGUCAAUGUGCAACUGUCAUGGGCCUUCGGUCUUCAGAAAGGUGGGCUGCAACAGGCCGAAUUCGGCGCGGAGGCUGCAGAGCUGCAAAAAUGGGUUCGAGAGGUCAUGUCCGGUGACCCCGUGGCGGAAGCCGAAGCGCUGCCCGAUGCCAUGUGGGCGGCACAACUGGCAAAACGAGCCGUGGAGUCGUCGCCGCCGAAGCUGCGCCACAGUCCAUCCUCCAGUCCCAAAGCUCCAGGACCGGGGAUGGGCUAUGCGGAGCAGCCGAGCCCGACCACGGUUGUCAGGCGGAGCUCAGCUUUUGAAGUUUCUCAAUGCUUCGAGUGGUGGAGCUUGGAUGUGCCAACAUCGGCUCGAGUCCCUGCCGCGAAGCGCUGCAGCUCUGGUCGGCUUGCCUUGACUCUGGUGCCCAUGAAGACCGCUGUGCUGGCUUUACUUUGCUCGUUGUACGGCAUCCUGGCACAGGAGCUCCGCGGUGGGCGUCGUGCUGCUGGUCCCGAUGCAGAACACCUGCUGCCCAAGCCCGAUGUGACUGUAGCACAUGGCCUGUAUGAGUCCAGCUGUGAAGUCCCUGGAGAGGGAACGAAGCAAGUGGCCCGUGGUCCUGGAGGAUGUGUCAAUGCCCAGCCAGGUUUGGCCGGUUUCAAGAAGCAGCAACAGACAGUAAUGUCCUUCUUGGUCGAGCCGUGUGGCCUAGUGGCACCGCAUUUGCAUGCUAACUCCGUGGAGAUCAACACUGUGAUCCGUGGAGCUGGAGUCAUUGGGCAGCUCACCACCGACACAAAUGAGCUUGAGCUGUCAGAAGUCAGUGAAGGUGACUCCUUCUUCUUUGCACAGGCGGCCUACCAUUGGUGGGUGAAUUUGGGUGAGGAGCCUCUCAUUACGAUUGGUGCCUUCUUCAACACCGACGAUCCCGACACAGCACUGGUGGGUUUUGACGACGGUGUCGGGCUGGUUGGCACCCUGAUGCAGGACAUGCCGUUGCUGAACACCAUGGUUGGCCGGUCCAGCGGCCGCAAGAACACAGUGCCGCUGAACGAGAAAGAGAGCCCUCUGUUUCCCAAGCUUACUCCUGAAGCCUGUGCUGCAGCACGUUCAAGCAACCGGCGGGCAGGGAAAGAGAGCUUCCAGAAGAAUCCGAGCGGCACCAACAUGUUCCAGCCCGGUGAGCUACGCUCGGGGAAGUUUGGGCUGACGGCAGCAGACACCCCUGUCUCAUGCCCCAAGCCACCCUGCGGAGGAGGACUACGACCGCUGGCCGGAGAGGUCGCCAGUCGCAGCGAGGGUGUGGCUGGCAUAGCAUCUUCACAGCCCAGCUUUGAUGGAGGCCUGUCCUUCACCGCCAACGGGGGCGGUCCUCCGCCGCCUGCAUUUUGGCCCGGCCUGACCAAUGUGGCAGGAGGCAAAUCGCUGGUGAAGUUCGUAGUUUCCUACUGCGGCAUCGUGUCUGCGCAUACUCACCCAAACGCUGCGGAAUGGAACACAGUCAUCAGCGGCGCGGGCCAGGUGUCCUACUACCGGACGAACACGGGUGAUGCUACACAAUUGGUGACCAUGGAUGUGAAGAAGGGGGACACCUUUGUGUUUCCACAGGGCACUGUGCACUGGUGGGUAAACUACAGCCCCACUGAACAGCUGGCCACAGUGGGUGGAUUCUCUGCUGCCUUCCCUGACACAUCCCUGUUGUCGGAGCUCUUCCGCAAGACCGAGGAGACUUUUGCGUUCAUGAAUGAUGCCGUGCUGGGCGAAGACUUCGUGCCGUCUGCUGCGACGGCAGGCGGUAACCUCUUCCCUCUCCUUCCCAACCGUCAACCUGCAGGCUGUGGUGGCGCUUCUCCCGAGCACAGUGGAGCUGAGGACCCGAGUCACUUCGAUACCUUGGUUGGCCUCGUGAGCAACGUCGCAGGUCACCAAGUGGCCCAGCAGAUGGAGCGAAGCUUCGAAGCCGCACAGCAACUGGCGCAGCAGGCGCGCGCCGCCUCGAAGGUGCGCAUGGACGGACGCGGCAGCGGGGCAGACAUGCCAGCUGCCCCGACUUUCUCCAGAAGACUGCAGGAGGCCGGAGCGGUCAUCAACUUCUUCGCAGAUUGGGCGACAGGCAACGCAGCCGACCCUUCGCGAGAGGGCGAGGCUUUGAGGGCGCAGUGA